GCCAGACACAGCUCCCCCACCCCCACCCCCACCCACCAGUGACACCAAAUUCAUCAAAAGUUUCAGCAAAAACUCAAAUACGUCAGCUAAAUCAACACUUAUCGAUGAGGUGAUUAUAGUGAUAAUCAAGAUUCAGUUUUUGUUGAGCAAAAAGGAGAAGAAAGAUUGAAUUUUUAUCCAUAUUGAACAUUCAAGAAAAAUGGCAACUGAGCCACCAAAUAUGAUUUCUUCCGACCCCACAACUCCACUUCUUCACCGGCGACUCGAAAACGGCGGCAGAGGGGGUCGUCAGUCAUCACUUGCUGUGCUUCUUGGGCGGGUCACCGGAAGGCGCGGCGGCGGCGGUGGCGGGGGCGCGUCGUUGUUGGUGAGGGAGACGGCGGCGCGUGAGCUGGAUGAGCGAAGAGCUGAUUGGGGUUAUUCGAAGCCGGUGGUGGCGUUGGAUAUGAUGUGGAAUUUGGGGUUUGUGAUUGUGUCUGUUGUGAUUUUGUCAUGUGCGGUGGAUGAGUCGCCGAAUGUUCCCAUUAGGGUUUGGAUUUGUGGGUAUGCUUUGCAGUGUGUGGUGCAUGUGGUGCUUGUGUGGUUGGAAUAUAGGAGGAGGAGUUUGCAAGGAGGAACUGAUGUAGAGGGAAAUGAUGGUGAGGGUGGUGAAGAGAGGAAUGGGGUUUUGGGUAUUGGUGAUCAGUCAAGUUUUGCUAAACGAUGUGAAUAUAUGAAUACAAUGGGGUCACUUCUUUGGUGGAUAGUUGGCUUUUACUGGAUAGUCUCUGGUGGUGAAAUUCUUUUACAGAAUGCUCCACAUUUAUACUGGUUGGCAGUUGUAUUUCUGGCAUUCGAUGUAUUCUUUGCCAUCUUUUGUGUUGCUUUGGCAUGUCUGAUAGGAGUUGCUCUCUGUUGCUGCUUGCCUUGCAUAAUUGCAGUACUCUAUGCAGUGGGUCAGGAAGGUGCAUCCGAGGAAGAUCUCAGAGUUCUCCCCAAGUAUAGAUUCCAUAUUUGCAAGAAUGAGGAGAAACCAAGGGUAGGAGCUGGUAGGAUGGUACCAAUUGAGACAAGCAGCGGAUACCUGGCCACUGAGCGUAUUCUUUUACCUGAAGAUGCAGAAUGUUGUAUAUGUCUUACCUCGUACGAGGAUGGAGCAGAACUCCAUGCUCUCCCCUGUAAUCAUCAUUUCCACUCCACCUGCAUCGUGAAAUGGCUUAAGAUGAACGCUACAUGUCCACUAUGCAAGUACAACAUCCUGAAGGGGAAUGAUCAGGUUUAAAGCAGAGGAGAAUGAAAAGCAUUGUACAUUGUUUCGGGUUAUUAAAGCCACUUAUGGAAGCUUGAAACACUACUCGCCGUAUCCAUAUCAGAACAGAAAUCUGCUUUCCAACUAGUUGAGCUUCCUCUCAUGUUCGCUUAGCAUAUUGAGAUCUUCUCUGUAGUGAAUUGUCUUCUGUUAUAGAAAAAAUGUAGCACCCCGCGAAAAAUUAAAAAUGAAGAAGGGUUUGUCCUUCCCCCAGCUCAUGUAAAUUAUCUUUGGUUCCCAUUGCUUUCCAAUAGGUAUACAGGAUCCAACUCUUGUAAGUAUAUGCUAUUUUCUUGUGUGUUGUUUUAUGUCCAGUUUUUCUUGUGCUCCUU